GGAAGUACAGUUUUCGGAGCGGUCCGAUUCAGACUCACGUCACCCUCUUAGCAGUAGGACUGGUGGGAACUGAAAACAUUGGAGACCAGAUUUCAAGCUCACGCUACUGUCGCGGCCGCCGGCAAGUUUGUGUUUUCUUGGCUCAGUCUUCAAGUGAGUCGUGGACGAUUCUCUCUCAGCGUCCGGCCUGGACAGCGGGGUUGCUCCAGCAGCGUUCCUGGGAGCCGAGGGCCAGAGACUUAAGUAACAGUCCUGGGUUCUGAGCCUGCCGUCCAAGGAACUCAGGAGGAGGAAUUGACAGUCUCUGCGUCCCUAACCACCCUGGGACAACUUCAGCAUGUCUCAGGCCACCAAGAGGAAGCAUGUGGUGAAGGAGGUGCUGGGGGAGCACAUGGUGCCCUCCGACCGGCAGCAGAUUGUCCGGGUACUCAGGACUCCAGGGAACAAUCUGCAUGAGGUGGAGACGGCCCAAGGGCAGCGCUUCCUUGUGAGCAUGCCCUCCAAAUACCGCAAGAACAUCUGGAUCAAGAGAGGGGACUUUCUCAUUGUUGACCCCAUUGAAGAGGGAGAAAAGGUGAAGGCUGAGAUCUCCUUUGUGCUCUGCAAGGACCACAUGCGCUCACUGCAGAAGCAGGGGCUUUGGCCUGAGGCCUUCUCUGAAGUGGCGGAGAAACACAACAACAUGAACAGACAAACUCAACCAGAACUCCCAGCUGAGCCACAGUUAUCAGGAGAGGAGUCCAGCUCAGAAGAUGAUUCUGACCUGUUUGUUAACACAAACCGCAGACAAUAUCAUGAGAGUGAGGAGGAAAGCGAAGAGGAGGAGGAGGCCUGAGACCCCAGGACCCACUUUUCCACUUGCUCAGGGACUGGCCCCUGGCUCUUUUGGGCUUGGACAUUCCCAGGGUGCUCUGCAGAUCUUCACCCCUGGAUGGAGACAAAGCAGGGCCCCUCUUUGAACUGAUCUUCUGAUUAGGAAAAUUAAACCCCUGGUGGGUGGUGACUUGU